AUGGACGCAGCAUGGGCCCUACCGGAGAGCCCAUACGAUCUCCUCGGCGUUGCCGACGACUGCAGCACCGCCGACGUCAAGAAGGCGUACAGAGACAUGGCGCGCUUGUUCCAUCCUGACAGGAAUACGGACGCAAAGGACAUCGAGACGCGCACGGCCCACUUCCUCAAAAUCAAAAAGGCCUACGAGACGCUGCAGGACCCGGGGAGCCGCAAGCUCUAUGACGGCUGCUUGCUCGCGCGAGAGAGGCUCGUUCGAAAGAACUUGUAUAAAUACGCCGUCAGUAAUACCCCAGAGUUCCGAGACGUGGUCGACGCCCAGUUCGCCGACGCCGUGCUCGAUCCGGAGCGCGACGUGGCCGGCGACGCGCUCGUGCUGUGCUGCGAGUCCUGCGGCGCUCCCUCGAAAUUCCGCUGCUCCAUCUGCGACCGCCUGGUCUGCGCCUUUUGUCAAUUGAAACAGCACGCUUUUGAUGGUAUUCCCCCGCACUACCCGGCGAAGUAUACACCUAGAUACAGAAGGCAGAUCGAAAGCGAUGGUAGAUUAAGACGAUUGCUAGACCACCAGAAGGAGGUCGGGGACCGGCCCUGGGCGAAGAGCGACAGCGACCGGGUCUCGGCAAGGCGGCGAGUGGCCCUCCUCAAAAAGAAAUCAGACGGCGAUGACCGGGCGCCGCUGUCGCUCACGUACGGCUGGUGCCAGACCCAGGCUUGCGUCUACGUCGCCGUGUUCGUGCCUGGUCUCUGCGCGGACGACGACGCCGUCCGCGUAGCGUUGACGAACAAUCGGUUGAGCGUGGGGCCACGCCAUGGCCAACCAAUAGUAGAUCAGCCCCUUUCAAAUCAGGCGAUGGGCGCGCUGGAGUGCGUCGUGUUUGGUUCUGCUGAAGUCGCGCUGGUCCGCGCGCAGAAGGCGAAUCUGGGAGAGGUCUGGCGCGAGCUCUUCGAGGGCGACUCCUUACUACUGAGAGAUGCGGGCGACCACGACCAACACGUGUGGUGGCGCGAUUCCGGGGAGCCGAGCGCUGUGUGGAAAUCAAAUUUCCGACGCCCCACGCCAUCGGCGCGAUGUUCAGGAUAACCUAGCUCACUGGUUGAUUUCCACACAGGGACUUUCGGGAGCCCGAGCCGACAUUUGGUUGGGGUCCGCGUCCUUCUCGUGCCUUCGAAUCGGACGCAAAGGCGUGAAGGUGGACGCUCAUUCCGCGCAGGCGUCGACGUCUUCGUUCCGCGAAAUUGUAAGGUUGAGGACUUGGAGGUGGAGCUCACGGCUAGACAUCUGAGCGUGAAAGUGGAAGGAUGGGGCGUCUUCCGGCGGCACUGGGCCUACACCUGUAGGAGCGACGAGGCCUCGUGGCAUCUUUUGGACGACGACGGCCGGCGGAAGGUUAGGGUCGAUUGUCGCUUCCGUGGCUUGCCCACGAACGGGCCGAAGACCAAGGAGCCCGACGCCGUGCCCAAGGACGCCGUCAAGCAGCUCUUUGUGGAGGACACUGAUGAUUAUUCUACUUUGGCCGUCGCGCAAGUUGGUGCGUGGCUGGACGUCGGCGCCACCUUCUCGAAGGAAGAAGACCUCCUGCCGGCGGCGCAGAAGCUGCUCAAGGCCAUGCGGCGCGAGCGGCCGCGGGAAGAUCGCAAGAAGCCCCUCGAGCCGCCGUUUAGUUCAUUAGAUGUUGAUUUAGAGGACGUGCGGCGGUGGCAUAGCCGCGAGUCCAUAUUGCGGGAGGACGCCUGGGUCUCGUCGCAUGCGCCCUCUACAAAAACUGCUGCUUCUGUGUAUGAAGCGCCCUUGCCACCGCCGCCGUCAAUAUCACGGGAGAUCACUACGUUCGCGUGGGACGAACAAGGGUCCACGGUCAAGCUCUACCUGUCUCUCGGACAAUUUGUCGACGAGCUCGUCAGUUCGGACGUCUCCGUCCGGUUUAGUUCGGGAAGCGUCCGCGUGCGAAUCGGAGACCUCACGUUUGAGCGCAAGCUCUUCGCUCCCGUUAAACCGUCGAAGUGCGGCUUCAAGGUGCAUGAGGAGCGGUGCUGCGUCGUCGUAUCAUUGCGGAAGAAGCGGAAGGAGGAGGUUUGGCCUUCACUUGUGGCGGACGUGAACGCGGACCCCUGUGCCGCUUGAGCUCUAGGUGUUGUUUUUCUAAAUUUGAGUUUUGGUAUAUAAAAA